AUGGCUAUCAUCAUCCCCAACAAUAUCAAAAUCAACGCCACCAACAUCAUCACCAUCACCACCACCAUAACCAUCAUCAUGACCAUCACCAAAAUCAUCACCAUCAAAUCACUUAAUCACCAUCACCACCACCAUCAUUAUCACCUUAUCCAACACCAUCGCCAUCAACAUCACCAUCACCAUCAUCAUCACCAUCACUACCACCAUCACCAUCACCAUCACCAUCACCAUCACCAUCGCCAUCGCCUUCACCUAAAUAUCAAUAUCACCAUCAUCAUCACUAUCACAUUCUUCAUAACUCUCAUCAUCACCAUCGCCAUCACCAUGGCUAUCACCAUCCCCAAUAAUAUCAAAGUCACCGUCACCAAUAUCAUCACCAUCACCACCUCCAUAACCAUCAUCCUGACCAUCACUAUCACUUUACCCAACACCAUUACUAUCACCAUCAUCAUCAGCAUCACCAUCACCAACAACAUCACCAUCAUCAUCACUGUCAGCAUCACCAUCAUACUCAUCAUCACUAUCUCCAUCGCUAUCACCAUCCUCAUCAACAUCAACAUCACCAUCACCAACAUAAUUACCAUCACCACCACCAUCAUUAUCACCUUAUCCAACACCAUCGCCAUCAACAUCACCAUCACCAACAUCAUCAACAUCACUACCAUCAUAACUAUCACCAUCACCAUCACCAUCAUCUAUCAUCUUUUUGAACACCAUCAUCUUAUCACUAUCAUCUUAUCCACAUCAUCACCAUCACCAUCACCUUAUCCACAGCCAUCAUCAUCAUCAACACAAUCAGCAUCACCAUCACCCUCAUCAUCACCAUCACUAUCACCUUAUCCAAUCCCAUCACCAUCAUCAUCAUGUCACCAUGAUUAUCACCUUGUCCAACACCAUUACCAACACCAUCAAUAUCACCAUCAACUAAAAACACUAUCACUAUAA